AUGCUCUCGACGUUCCUCCGUGCGCCAGCUCGCAGAGCAGUAUUUACCGCCUCGAUCCCAAAAGCACCGGUGCGCAGGCAGGCUGCUUUCCGCAGAUUCUCGACCGCACCGCCCAGCGAACCAGCGAAGUCAAAUACUGCUUUGUACGCUGCUUUGGGCGCCGCGACCGUUGCUGGUCUCGGUUAUUGGUUCUACGCCUCCGAUGCUGGCCGCGAGGCUGUUACGGCUGCAAAAUCUGGCGUUCAGUCCGGCAAGGUGGCCUUGAACUUUACCCCUACGAAAGAGGAUUAUCAAAAGGUGUACAACAAAAUUGUCGAAUUUGUUGAGGACGCCGGCGAUUACGACGACGGUUCGUAUGGCCCUGUUCUCGUCCGCCUCGCAUGGCACAGCUCGGGUACUUAUGAUAAAGAGACAAAAACCGGCGGCAGCAACUAUGCCACCAUGCGCUUCGAGCCCGAGUCUACUCACGGCGCCAACGCCGGGCUUAAUGUAGCCCGUGAUCUCAUGGAGAAGGUUAAGCAGGAAUUCCCGUGGAUUAGUUACGGUGACUUGUGGACUCUUGGUGGUGUUUGCGCAAUUCAGGAAAUGUCUGGUCCCAAGAUUCCCUGGCGUCCUGGGCGUAUCGACGGCUUCGCUGCCAACGCUACUCCUGACGGUCGCCUCCCGGAUGCUACGCAAGGUGCUGACCAUCUCCGCAACAUCUUCUACCGUAUGGGAUUCAAUGACCAAGAAAUUGUCGCUCUCUCUGGUGCCCACGCUCUUGGACGCUGCCACGCCGACCGCUCCGGAUUCGAGGGCCCCUGGACAUUCUCGCCUACUACUCUGACCAAUGAUUACUACAAGCUUCUGUUCGACGAGAAAUGGGUAUGGAAGAAGUGGAACGGCCCUAAACAGCUCGAGGAUAAGAAGACACGUUCUUUGAUGAUGCUUCCCACGGAUUAUGUUCUCAUCACCGACAAGAGCUACAAGAAAUUCGCUAGGGCCUACGCUGAUAACCAGGACCUAUUCUUCAAGGACUUCUCCGCUGCUGUCUCUAGGCUCUUCGAACUUGGUGUCCCUGAGUCUCAGUGGGUGACUUCUGAGCCCUGGGAGAUGAAGACCAAGGAGGAGCAAGAGGCUGAGAAGUAG